AUGUAUGUCCCUCUGGGUGUCCAGGCUCAAUUCUGGUUCCGGCCUCGUGUGGAACUGGACAGUAGGCUUGGUCCCUCUCCCUCCCUCCAAGCCCUCAAGGUCGUCCGCGAGACGAACAAGAAACACCUCAGAUUCCUUGCCCAGCACGAGCAAGAACUGCUGCGGCGAAUCGAUCCCGAAGAUGCCAACCAUAUUUACAUGCAGCUCGGCCUCAAGCGACCUGAGCCAGGCGAAGAUCCCUGCUCCGAGUUCAGCAACAAGGACCCUGAGCCGUACCGUCGUGGCGACCUUGAACCCAUCACAGUGGUCGGCCUUCGCAGCCAUCAUCACCCGGUCGCUGAGGUCCAGGCACAGUCAUUCUCAACCUGGUUGAGUAUGAGGGAUCAAUACUACGCGGACCAGCAACAGGCGGCAACUGCGAAUGUGUCGAGCUGGGUCGUGCAAACCGACGAUGCCUUUUCAGAGACUGGAUCUUGGUCUACCCACGAGGCUCCUGACAGUGAAUGGUCAGCCGGUUCCUGCGCCUCCGCCUCUGGCUCUGGCUCUGGCUCCGAAUGGUGCGACGAUGAUGUUCAGUGGGAUCUUCAGGGCAGCAACUGGUCAGAUGAAGGAGAUACAAACUCUCAUGCCGAGGAACGUUCUGACCAGGUCCGUGACCAGGUCCCAGCCUUAUCUGAACAUGACCACUGGACUUCUGGACUUCCAACACCCCCUCCCUCGGACUCGUCCAGUCUUCCGUCCUCACCUGUGCUCUCGAAAAGCCAGAUGACACCCGAGACUGCUACCAUCGACGCCAACGAAUCCGCCGACUCGGCCUCGGAGGGAUCAGACAUCACCGCCAUAGAAGAGCUUACCCAGGUGCUCAACGAUAGAAAGAUCAUGGAGACCUUCCUCGACGGGAUUGCGAGGCGGAUUAAGGAUUACUGCAUGAGCAAGUCCGAGAAGGAGGCGGAGAAGGCAGCCGAGCGCCAGAGAUACGGACCUGUCCGCCAGAGGAGACAGAAGCAGCGAGAGCAGGAGAGAGGAGACCCAAAGCGUGGCGUACGCUUUCGUCGCAAUCUCACCAUGCUGCCCGAGCAGACCAAGCUACACAGACCUGAGGAGGCCUGCCGGGAGUACUUCGAAACUCACUUCCAGAUGACCCAUGUCUACGAGGAUGAGGUUGGCCAGGUGCAUGCUGAGCCAGUCGCCACCGAAGGACUGCCGCGCGAGAACCAGUAUGAGUGGAUGAAGGGCCAUCGGGAGCUGUAG